AUGGCCGAAUUUGACUUGACACCCGAGGAUUUGGAGCUCCUGGAUUCAAUUGAAAAACGCGUUAAUUUCAUACCAUCCCCGGUCGUUUCCCAAGAGAAGUCUGAGUUGACUUCUCAAGGGCCUUCAGACGUUGAGGAUCAGGUACUCAGUACCCAACCAGUCGGUUCUUCUUUCUCUACCAAUGUCAGUUUGUCUCCCCAUGGUGGAAAUGAAAGUAGCGUAAUUAUUGAACAACCGGUCGAACAGGGUUGUAGUCACAAAGUCAUGCCAAUGAAUCAUGAGGCACUAUCAAAUGCCAGCGCCACCGCGUCUUCGAGUGUUAUUGGAAUUGCUACAAAACCUACAUUUAUUGAUGAUAACCAUAAACUCGAAUGCGUGAUUGUGGAUGAAGAUAUAUUGGGAUAUUACCAUGAGCCUCAAUCUCAUGGUUACGCUAACAUCAUGUAG